GCCGACACGCCCGCGCUUUGAGCCGCCGCCAACACGUCGUGACUGGCUGCGGGGCUCUCGUGCUCUUUGUUCGCGGUUGCGCGUUUCUAUUCUCAGUCACUGCUGGCCUUCACAACGUCGGCUUUGAUGCGUGACUGGUAUAUGAGAGCGGCGGCCGCGACGUCCUUGCCUGGCCUCUUCUCUUGAAGAAACACAACGCUCAUUCAGUUUGACUCACGAAUCUCCUUCUGUCUUUUUCCUUCUCUUUUGCAUAUCUUACAUAGCGCGGCACCGGUUGCCCUUGCAUCCAUCCAGCAUAUCGAUAGCGAUAGCGAUACCCCUGAUCGCCACCUCCACGACCACACAUCUGAGCCUGCAACUCCAACUUCCGUACCCGCCAGCCACUCGACCUCGAAAAUGGGCAAACUCGGCACCGCCAUCAAGCUCGGCCAGACCGCCGCCCAGCAUGCCCGCACCGCGCAAGACCUCCACGCAACCUCGAAAAACCUCCACGCGACAGCCACCGAGCUCCGCGGCAUGGACGCGCGCGACGUCGGCCGCGCCGCCGGGCACACGGCGUACACGCAGGGCGCCGAUACGGGCAAGACGGUUGCCAAGACGUGGCUCAAGACGUUCGAGGUGGUCCCGCGGCUGGUGUGUCGCGGGCUGCAGUUCCUGUUCGCGCUGAUAGCGUGCGGCUUCUAUGUCGGUGCUAACAGCAACGAGGGCGCCGCCGUGUGGCUCUUUGCCAUUACCAUUUCCAGCCUGAGCGCGGCGACGGCCGUCUUGUUCGCGCUCGCGACGCCGCUCGCCGCCAUCCCCUUCAUCGGCGGCAAGAUGAAGCUGGUCAAGACGUACCGCGCCUUCGCCUGGGAUCUAGCCCUGUUUGUGUGCUGGCUCGUCGCAUUCGGCGUCUUUGCCGGCAUCUUUCUGCACAGGGACAACGGCGACGUGUUUAAGGGCGCCAAGCCCGCGCCGAUGAAGGCCGCCGUCUGGAUUGAUCUGUUGAAUGCGGUGCUGUGGCUGGUGAGCGGGGUGUAUGGGGCGGUGAAGACGUUUCUGGGGGACAAGGCGGAUGCGGUGACGGACAAGUUGGGCGACAAGAUGUUCAAGAAGAGAGAGGUGGGGGCGGGGCCGGGGAAGGAGGCGGGGUAUGCGGAGAGCGUCUAGAGGGUUGUGGGAAGGCACUUCUGGGAUGCAUUUAGCGAGGCGUUUGAAC